UCAAAGAACUGUCAGAUACAGCUUGCGCUUAAGGCGCUUAAACAAGACCCAAAACUCUCCCUGCGACACGCUGCAGCUAUCUACAAGAUCUCUCAAAGCACACUAAGUGAUCAAUAUGCUGGACAACCUUCACGCGUUAGUUUUAUAGCUAACUUACAGAAUCUAGACGACGACAAGGAGAGGGUGGUUAUACAAUACAUAAGGAAGCUUGACGCGCGAGGCUUUGCCCCUACGCUAAGCUACGUACGUGAAAUGGCCAAUCAACUGCUA